AUGGUCUUCGACGUAGAUCUCCUGAUUCAUAAGAUACGUCGUGUAAUACAAGCUAAGUUGAACCGUCCUGGUAAUAUGGGUGGAUACCGUUCGAUGUGGCAUGCUCUAAGAACGGAAGGACAUCAAGUCCCAAGGCGUAUUGGAGAAGAGCUGAUGAGGGAGCUCGACCCAGAUGGCUGUGAAAUCAGACAUGCAAAACGUUUGCGUAGGCGAACAUAUCAAGUACCAGGCCCUAAUUUCUGUUGGCACACCGACGGGUAUGACAAAUUAAAGCCUUAUGGUUUCCCGAUACAUGGGUGUAUUGAUGGGUGGAGUCGCAAGAUUAUAUGGCUGCACGUGGCACGGUCUAACAACAAGCCAGAGAUACCGGCGUCAUUCUACUUACAGAGUGUUCAAGUAUAUGGCUGUCCAGUGAAAUUACGAAGCGACUGUGGCACUGAGAACGGCAUUAUGGCCGCUAUGCAGUGCGAGUUUCAUUCGAAUGGUGAAGCCCAUUUUUUCGGAACAUCGCCAGCCAACCAAAGGAUCGAAAGCUGGUGGUCCCAAUUCAGAAGAAAUCGUUCCACUUGGUGGAUAAACUACUUCAAAGAUCUAUGUGAAAGGAAUUUUUUCAAUCCUGAUAAUGAGCUUGAAAAGGAGCGCUUGUGGUUCUGUUUUUCUGAUGUGAUUCAGAAUGACCUCGACUAUGUAAAAGAGCAAUGGAAUACACAUCGAAUCCGAGAUUCAAAGCACAACACAAUUCCCGGCAUACCUGAGGAGUUGUACUGUUUUCCAGAGAAAAAGGGGGGUUAG